CUGCUGCUGCUUGCGGCGGCGGCGGCGGCGGGGCUGAGCAUGGCGGCGGCAGCCGAGCCGGGUGGGCUGCCGGCCAAGAAGCUGCGGAUGGCCUACGCCACGGGGCCGCUGCUUAAGUUCCAGAUCUGUGUUUCCUGAGGCUACAGGCGGGUGUUUGAGGAGUACAUGCGGGUUAUUAGCCAGCGGUACCCAGACAUCCGCAUUGAAGGAGAGAACUACCUUCCCCAACCUAUAUAUAGACACAUAGCAUCCUUCCUGUCAAUCUUCAAACUAGUAUUAAUAGGCUUAAUUAUUGUUGGCAAAGAUCCCUUCGCUUUCUUUGGCAUGCAAGCUCCAAGUAUCUGGCAGUGGGGCCAAGAAAAUAAGGUCUAUGCUUGUAUGAUGGUUUUCUUUCUGAGCAACAUGAUUGAGAAUCAGUGUAUGUCAACAGGUGCAUUUGAGAUAACUUUGAAUGAUGUUCCAGUGUGGUCUAAGCUGGAGUCUGGUCACCUUCCUUCCAUGCAGCAACUUGUCCAAAUUCUUGAUAAUGAAAUGAAACUCAAUGUGCAUAUGGAGUCAAUGCCCCAUCAUCGAUCAUAGCCCCUUCUAUCAGCACUGAAACUUCUUGCAUUAAAGCAAAACUUUCCAUUGGCAGCGUGGCUGAAACCAAUGAAGGCCUGCACUGAAGACAGCAAGCUGUUAGUGCAGACUGGAUGCUUUCUUUACAGUCACGUUGUACCUCCUGAAAAACCUUGAUGGAAGACCUCUUUCAGUGCUGGCAUGUUUCCAAAUACUGCACGUUCAUGGAGUGCAAUAAUACUGUAUAGUUUUUUUUUUUAAGAGUUAAUUCGACCAGUUCAUAGCUAAACAAUACAGGCAUUACUAAUUGUAACUUUUAUUUUAUAUUCACGUUUCACAGAAUGGCAGAUUGAGUUGAUAUCUAAUUUUUCCUUGGAAAAAGUUUGUCUAAUCUGUUGUAAUUUUAUAUGAAUUUAUGUUCUUUUUGUAGUUUAAAAUAGAAUUACAGGAAUAUCUGAUAUAGUCCUAAACUGUCUUAAAUAAUUGACAACUAUCUAUCAGACAUCUCUAAUAUGGUUAUAUCAGGUUUGUAUAUUUUUCCAAAUAUAUUGCAGAGUGAAAUGGUGCACUAUAUGCUAAAUUAUAUGGACAAAACUAUAUGGAGAGUAAUUACAUCACUUUUGUGAUUUCCAGAAAAAACAAAAAAGUUAACUGCUUUUUAAACUGCAUUGGCCAGCUCAGGAGUUUCUUCCUCAACCAGUUAAAAGAAUUGAAAAGCUGGGCCUUUAUACUGUCCUAAAUAUAAACUAAGCAAAUGUAAUUUAAAUAAAGAGUUCUCAUUUACUGUG